UUAUCUAAGUCUUCUAUAUUAUUUGCAGUUGCAAUGUCUUCCUGCACAAUGAUGAAGAUGACUGGAAUCCUGCUAGGGGCAUCUUUUGGCCUUAGCAUAGCCUACCACAGCUCUUCAUUUAAUGUUAAUGCAGACACUCCAAAGAUGAUGUAUGAUUUCCGUACCAUGCAAUCUCUGGACAAUUGGAAAGAAUCUUCAGACACUGUCAGGGAACCAGGGAUGUCAAAAGCUGUUUUUACUCUGCAGAAGUCAAAGUUAUUUCAGCGAGCUGUGUUCUUCUCCAUGCUCAAUCCUCAGCCAAAUGGAGCUGGCUUUGCAGGGACUUACACAAAUGAUGGGUGGGAUUUAAGCAAACAUUCAGCUCUUGAAAUGAAAGUUCGUGGUCAAGGAGAUAACUACAUCUACAAAGUGAACUUUCAACAUAAAGGACAAGAACCCAGUGUAUACCCCUCUUACGAAAUUUUCUUCACAGUUCCAGAGAACAGGUGGACCACUAUCUCUCUGCCGUUCAAUGAGUUUAAGCCAUACUACCGUGGCGCUAUUGUUCCUGACGCAGAACCCCUUGACACAUCGGAUAUAACGAGAACUACCAUUCAGAUUCCUGGUGGUGUUUAUAGCGACUUUAAACAGAGAGGUACAAGCUCACUGGAGAUUGAUUAUAUUCAGGCUGUUUGAAAAUACUGAGUGACAGUUGGUUAUUCUUAAGUUACGAGAGAUAAUUGAUUGUUCAGAGGAAGUAAUAGAAAUGUUUCUUUUUAUGAAAAUGAAUGUUCAGGCUUUGAUGCUUUCUUAUUAUUUUUCCCCCAUUUUUUUAGUUUACAAAGCAUAGUAAACUUCUCAUGUUUUGUUAUAGCUGUAAUAAUAUUCCAAUGAAUGGUCACAGUUUUUAGGUUGUGAAAAUUAUUCAUGUACUGAAUUACUAAAGGAAUUGAAUAUUCCCAUUAUGUAACUAAUGCUCAUCUCUUGUUAGUGAUAGUGACGAUAAUAAUAAUGAUAAUGAUACUGAUAAUAAGGGGAUUCAAACCUCAGAAUUACAGCAUGUCAUAUCUAUGUAUGAUUGCCCAUGUAUGUAGUUAUUACUGAAGGUUGAUAUAUGUGUACAUGUAGAUGUAAGGUGAAUAAAUAUUUUUGAAGA